AUGGCUCAAGCAGCGGCAACGAACUUUCGACGACGUCUUCUUGGUUCAAGACAAGAUUCAUCUAAUGAUAAUCUAUCUAUUGCAAUAAAUUCAAGUAAUUUUUAUCAAAAUCGUACAUUUAUACGUAUAGACCGACGUAUAAUGGAAAAAAUUUGGAAACAAAUGGAUCGUAUUGUUAAAUAUUGUCAAAUGCCAAAAAUGAACUUAAAAAAUUCUCCACCAUAUAUGCUUGAUAUUCUACCUGAUUUUUAUCAAACAUUACGUGAAAUAAUAAAUCAUUAUGAAGAUCGUUUACAUAUAUUAAAUGAUAUAGAAUAUUUUCGUAUAUUUAUUAAUAAUCUUAUUGAAUUAUGUACAAAAACAAUUGAGUGUUUUAAACGUGCUGGUCAUCAUAUGUUUGAUGAACAAUCAAUAUAUAGAAAACAUUUUAUAAAACUUUCAUUAUAUUUUUCACAUAAUUUAGCUGAAUUAAAAUCUUUAUUUAUAAAUGGUAUAUAUGAAGGUGAACGUUUUCGUUUAACAAAACAAGAAGCAACAGAUUUUUGGAAAAAAAAUUUUAAUGAUAGAACUAUUGUACCAUGGGAAGAAUUUAAAGAAAAAUUAAAUAAUAUUCACACAAUACAAUCAAAUAAUGAAUCAACAGCCUUACAAAACACUAUUGAUUUAACUCAUAAUAAUCAUGUAUCAAUAUUUGAAUUCGAUGUUUUUACAAGUUAUUCUUCUAAUCUUAGUAUUAAUAUAAUUGAUCAAUUUCAAACAAUAGAUGAUAUACGAAAUCGUUUAAUAUUUGAAAAUAAUUUUGAUAUAAAACGUAUUGAAGCUGCUAUAACAUUAACCGAAGGUUUAUCAUUAUCUAAACAGUAUAAAAUGGCUAAAUUAUUUCUUAAUCAAGUAAAAUAUGAACAAGAACAAUUAUUAAAUAAUAAUAAUAAUAAUACUUUCAUUAAUGGUUCAUUAGUAAAUGAAAUUAAUUAA